UUAAAUCCCAAGUUCUCGAUCAAUAGUAAAGAGUUAAAAUCAUUUACUAGUAAAAGUUUGUGCUUGCUUCAAGUUCAAUUCUAUAGAUAAUCCCUCAAUAACCCCAAAUGGGACGUUGGAUCAAGCCUGAUGUAUAUCCACUAAUAGCAGCAAUGUCAUUUGUCACCGGUAUGUGCAUAUUUCAGCUAACAAGGAAUGUGCUACUAAACCCUGAUGUCAGAAUCAAUAAAGCUCAUAGAACAACAGCAGUGCUGGAAAACUACGAGGAAGGAGAGAAAUAUGCAGAGCAUGGUUUUCGCAAGUUCUUAAGGACUCGUUCUCCCCAAGUUAUGCCGACUAUCAACCAUUUUUUCUCCGAUACCGGAAAAGAAUAAUUUCACUAGCUAUAUAUUGUUUUAUUUGAUUUUAAUGGAGUACAAA